AUGGUUUCCCUUAUCACUGCAUAUCAGGCUGCUGCCACUGAUCCAAACAGUUGGGCAGACCAACUGCUGUCUGUAAAAUACUCAGGGAACUCAGCAGCUUAUACUGGGAGGGGAACACAGCAGCUCACACUGGCAGCUCACACUGGGGGUGAACACAUCAGCUCACACUGGGGGGAACCCGGCAGCUCACACUGGGGGAACACAGGGGGGAACACAGCAGCUCACAUUGGAACACAGGGGGGAACAGCUCACACUGGGGGAACCCGGCAGCUCACACUGGGGGAACACAGGGGGGAACACAGCAGCUCACAUUGGAACACAGGGGGGAACAGCUCACACUGGGCGGAACACAGCAGCUCACACUGGGGGAAACAUAGCAGCUCACACUGGGGGAAACAUAGCAGCUCACACUGGGGGAAACAUAGCAGCUCACACUGGGGGAAACAUAGCAGCUCACACUGGUGGGAGCACAGCAGCUCACACUGGAGGGCAAACAUCUGCCCACACUGGAGGGCAAACAUCUGCCCACACUGGGGGAGGAAACAUCUGCCCACACUGGGGGGAACACAGCAGCUCACACUGGAGGGCAAACAUCUGCCCACACUGGAGGAGGAAACAUCUGCCCACACUGGGGGGAACACAGCAGCUCACACUGGAGGGCAAACAUCUGCCCACACUGGGGGGGGUGUAGCUCACAAUAGAGUGCACACAGCAGCUCAUACUGGAAAGAAGUUAAUUAAUGUGUACCAAAUACCCCAAAAACCUUCUAAACUAAAAGGGCAGUGGGCACCAUUUGGAAGUGGCGGGGAAAUAGAUAAACAAUUUGGGGGAUAG